GAUAUUGUAUAUAUCAAAAAUGGUCAAGAAGUCAGUGAACGUGCCCAAGUCCUCUAGGUCAAUGUUUCCUAAAGGCGACCCCAGCACUUGCCAUAUUGUCAGUUGCGUGCGGUCAGUCCUGGGAGGUGCCCUUACAUUGGUGGGCACGAAUAGGGGAGUUGCGCUUGGUUAUUAUCAUCCUCAAGAUGGGGAUGCCUCCCAGAGUGGCACGUUGAUCUUUAUGCAGAAGCUGCACCAUGGUCCAGUUUACAGUUUCACCUCAAACACCUCAAAUUUGAUAGCUUCAACUGGUCACGAUGGGGCAUGUUGUGUAAUCACACUGGCUUCCAUUUUUUCGAAACAACCCAUGAUUCCCCCUUCGCGCUUCACAGGCCAUACGCUGCCGGUCGUAGCGGCUGUCUUUUUUAGCGACGAUCGCACAUUGGCUUCCCUGAGUAUUAAUGGACUUGUUCUUCUGCACGACGUCUUCCAUGGAGCGAGGAACGGCGGCGCAUUGGUGGGAUUCUUGCGUGUUGGCUUCCCUGCACGCUGCCUUGCUCUAUCUCGUGAUGAAACAUGUUGCUAUGUUGCUGGGAGGCGUCUGGUGCAAGUAGAUUUAUUCAAUGGUCUGCGUCCUAGUCGGGCCACUGGGUUCGAGUUUGGUGAUGCCAAUGGGAGCCCCGACAACCAUCGACCAUGGCUGAGCUUUUACUCAUGGACGAACUCGAAGGGUGUGAUCGUGAACACGACGGCCGCCGAUGAAUAUUUCCAGAACCUUGACGUGUGCCAAGAGGACGGGGCUGUUCUGGGGACUAUUGCUAACCGAUCGAUAGAUGUUAUGAAGAGCAGAGAAAGGAGUGAUGAAUCCACAGGCUUUGUGCGCUGGUCCAUUGCACCGGGUCGUUUUGCCGCUAGUAUUGGAAUCUAUAGCCCUAUCGCCAAGGCUCGCACUGGGCUAUCACAUAAGGAAGCGCCUUUCUGUGUAGGCACCCACCUAGACCUUGAUCACGAACUCAAGGGUAGUUUGCCCUCACUCUGGGAGGUUUGGUCUGCGAAGGAUCUCCGCACGUCUCAGUGCAACAUCCCAAAUCAACCCUGGAAGUCAUAUCCACGCUUUAGUAAUGUUCGCUGGUCCGAUCUCUGUCUUGUUGCAAGUGAAGCCACAGGGAGUAUCUCAUCAUCGCCAGCACUCUUUGGUGUUGAUCAUGAGAGCUGUCUCACUGUGGAGCGCGUGAAAAACAAGUUACUGCAACAGGAGUGUAAUGAGCUCUUUGCUGAGCUUAAAUCCCUCACCAAAAGGGAGAAGGAUAGUGACCCAGAACGGCUAAUAAAGAAGCCCAGACUUAACUCAUGA